AAAUGUCUCCUAAGAGUGCUAGCUAAUGCUAACGUCGGCGACUUAACUGCGAAUAAAUAUAUAUUUUACCUUGUAGUGUUCGUAUAAUUCUCAUAUUAAACUAUAUUCAGCCGCCGCCAUGUCAACAAAAGCGGAGUGCAGAGUAUCCAGUUCCAGCUCCAGAACAGAUGAAAGGAGGAGAUCAAGCAGCAGAGGACGAGAAAAAAAGAAGCGGAAACGCAGCCGUAGCAGAUCUUCCUCGUCAUCCUCUUCCACUUCAUCGUCGUCAUCUUCGUCAUCUUCAUCCUCGUCGUCCUCUUCCUCAUCAGGCUCGUCACACUCAUCCAGCCGCAGUAGGAGUAGCUCCAGCAGUCGCGACCGCAGUAAAUCCAGAAAGCAAUCUAAGAAGAGGAAAAAGGAGAAACAACCCAAAAAAAAAGGGAAGAAAGAGAAGAGGCAUAAACGUAAAAAGGACAAGAAAUCCAAAGGAGGAGAAGAAAACUCAGGACCUGUACAGAUCUCCAAGUACUUGAAGGAGAGGAAGAAAGGCAAGUACAGUAUGAUCUCAGGAAAGAAGAUAAAGAUGAAAGUAAAGAAGUCAAAGAAAGAUAAACAGCGGGACAAAAAUCGAGCAGAACUUCUCGAGUUCUUGAACUCUACUCUGUGAGGCCACUGUGGACACCAGAAGUCGUGCUCGGGCUCGGACACGGCAGCAGAACUCAGGAAACAACGAGCUGGCUGUCCAGGAGAAUAAAUAGGAAGGGGUUUCUAUGGAAGAGAUGAUGAAUAAGACUUGUAUCGACACACAGAGGAGCAGCACCGAGCUGGAUGGAGUGAAGGAGCAUGUCACCAUGCAUUCAGACCACGAGCCACGUUUUUACCACAUAUUGUCCAGCUUAGCCUGAUAGCUGUUGUGAAAUGUGAAGAGUUAAAGGACGGCUUCUGUUGGAAAGGCUGUUGACUCAGGAGCCCAAAUGAACAUUGAAAUAUGUUUUUCUUGCUAUGAUCAUUCCUCCUGUUCAUACUGACCAUUAGAAGA